AUGUCAGACGACCCGGCUGCUCAGCAGCAGCAAGUCGGGCCCGGAGGCCACUGGAGCGGCGCGAACAAAAUCCCCACCAUCGGCAAGUUCAUCGACAGUCUCGACAAAGACAAGAAAGAGCGCGACCGGCAGAUCGACGAGGCCAAGAAGCAUGGCAAAGCCGGCGACUCCGAUGUGCAGGCGCAUGUGAACGAGAAGCCGCAGGCGACGGGGCAGAAGAUCGUCACUGAUCCCGUCACCGGCAAGCAGGUUACCAUUGAGAAUGUCAACAAGGACUUUAUGAAGAAUGUUGAGAAUCCCAUGCUCUCUGUCCCGAAUGCGAACCUCGGCAAGGAUACCACCGUGCAAACCAAGUCGAGCCAGAGUGGCGAGGAAUACAGGCGGAAUCAGGAUAUUACUGCCCCGCCGGACCCCGUGGCUGAAGGCUCGACGAGCGAUGUGCCUAUCCACGGCGAAAAGACCAACAUCCUCUUCCACCCUACCCCGAGCGUGAGCUAUGAGCCCACGUUUGCCCGGUUGGAGCAGAGGGGUCUGUGGUUGGUGGCGGGCGUCUUUGUCGCUAUCAUUCUUGUUGGCAAGACGUUUGGCGGCCGCUACCUUGGCCUUAUCCCCUUGGCCAUGUGUGUAAGCUCUGGCAUCUGGCUUUGGGUCAGAGAGGUGGUGCGAAGCGGUCGCGAGGUGGAAUGGGAGAGUGAGAAAGAGCGAGGAAAGACUGCCACCGCCAACCUCCUCCCCGAAAGCGUGGAAUGGAUGAACACCCUCCUCUCCAUCGUCUGGGGUCUUGUCAACCCGGACAUGUUCACCGCCGUGGCCGAUACACUGGAAGACGUCAUGCAAGCUUCCGUGCCCGGCGUCAUCGAAAACGUGCGCGUGGCGGAGAUCAACCAGGGAAGCAACCCCAUCCGCAUCCUGUCAAUGCGAGCCUUGCCGGAUUCCAACGAGGACAUCCAGAAACUCAAAAAGGCCAUGUACGAAGAGAGCAAGCGGACCAAAGAUCCGCAAGAGGCCGCGGCAGAUGCUGAAGGCGGCGACUUUUACAAUCUCGAAAUCAGCUUUGCCUACCAUGCUGCACCUAGCGGGAAGCGAGCGUCGGAGAUGGCGAGGAACAUGCACAUGCAGCUGGUCUUCUACUUGGGCAUCAAGGGCUUGUUUGGCGUGCCCCUACCCAUUUUCGUCGAACUGCAAGGACUCGUGGGAACUGUGCGCUUACGCAUGGCCAUGACUCCCGAACCGCCCUUCCUCAAGACCCUCACCUUCACCCUCAUGGGCGUGCCGCACGUCUCGGCAGGUUGUGUCCCCAUGCUCGAAAAGGGCGUCAAUCUCCUCAACCUCCCGGUCAUCUCCCAAUUCGUCAACUACGCUAUCGGCGCCGCAGCGAGCAUGUACGUGGCGCCCAAGAGCAUGUCGAUCGAUAUGCGCGCCAUCCUCCAGGGCGACGACAUCACUAAGGACGUGCAUGCACUUGGUGUGCUCUGGAUUCGCAUCCACCGCGCAGUCGGACUCAGCAAGCAAGACAAGCGUGGCUCCAAAUGGGGUGGAAGCGAUCCUUACAUCACCCUGACUUUCAGCAAAUACGGCAAGCCCAUGUACUGCACGCGUGUCAUCACCGACGACCUGAAUCCGAUGUGGGAGGAGACCACCGCUCUACUCGUCACGCCCGAGCUGAUCAAGGCGGAUGAGAAUCUGUCUGUUGAACUAUGGGACAGCGAUCGGCACAGCGCCGAUGACAUUGUGGGCAAGGUGGAAAUGAGCAUGCAAAAGAUGAUUCAGCACCCGGGCAAGAUGUACCCCUACGUGUCGAAGCUGGCUGGCAUGAACGAGGGGAGCGAGAUGCCGGGUGAGCUGCAUUGGGAGUGCGGAUUCUUUGGCAAGCCUCAGUUCCGCCACGCAUUGAGGACCGAUGGCAAGAAUAAGAACUUGCCGGAUGCCCUUAAGGAUCACCCGGAGCUGCAAGACGACAAGGGUGUGCAGAACACGGCUCAAGACGAUGCUGUUCAACAUACUCCCCCCGACCCGCUUUGGCCGUCUGGUAUCUGCAGCGUGAUUGUUCAUCAGAUCGUUAAUCUGGAGCUGGAGAACGUCAUGGGCACUCAGGGCAGCAGGAAGGGUAGGGAAUUCGAGCCCGCGAAGCCGUACGGUGAAUCCACCGAGGAAACGGGCUCGCACCUGCCCACAUCCUACUGCACGAUCCUCUACAACGACCAAUUGGUGUACCGCACUCGAGCCAAGGCAGUUAGCAGCAAGCCGAUCUUCAAUGCUGGUACGGAGCGCUUCAUCCGCGAUUGGAGGUCUGCCAUUGUCACCAUCACCGUGCGCGACUCGAGGAACCGACAGCACGAUCCCAUCCUCGGCGUCGUGCCGUUGAAGCUCAGCGAUAUCCUCGAGACCAGCAGUCAAGUCACAAGAUGGUACCCGCUAGACGGCGGCAUCGGUUUCGGACGUGUUCGCAUCUCGUUGCUCUUCCGCUCCGUCGAAACUCGUCUGCCACCCCAGCAACUCGGCUGGGAUGUGGGGACGUUCAUGUUCGAAAGCAACACCAUUGAAGCUCGCGGAUACGACCACCACGCCCGCAUCAAGCUUCGCACCGGCGGCUCGACGGGCAAGAUCGGUCGCUCGGCCUGUCACAAGCUGGACGAAGGCGACGGCUACUACUGGGACCUCACCGCCAAGGCCAGCAACGAGAACGAGGACCAGAAAGGAGAGCAGGUGCGCCUACCGGUUAAGUACCGCUAUCGCUCGCCGGUGGUCUUCGAAUUGCACACUGCGAACAAGCGCAAGGCGGACGCGUACGCCGUGCUGUGGCUGAACAUGAUGCUCGAUAACGAGGAUACGCCUGUGGAGAUCCCCAUCUAUCGCACCUCAGCUCCCGCCCGCCUGGUGCAGAACUACGUCACGCCGGAAAUUGUGGCGCAGGCCAAGGCAAAGGGCGAGGAUCUUCCUGGCCUCGAUGACCUGACGGAAUGCGGGAAGCUCGUGUUCCGCGCCAAAUUCAAGGCGGGUAUGGACGAGUCUCACGGUGCCUUCGUCGCGGACAACGACUCCCGCGAGACGUUUGAAACGUGGGAAGCGUGUCUUGCCGAGGGCGUGCGCACGCACCAGGUGGAGAAGGAGAUGCCGGAGCGCGUGGCGCAGUUGCACGAAGAGAGCCUCACGCAAGGCAGGGACGUGCUGAAAGAUGCUUCGCCCGAGGAGAAGCAGAAGUGGCUGAGCAAGACGGGCACAGACUGGAGCGGCGCUUUCGGCGACGACCCAGCGCUCUUCCUCGACUCGGCUGGCAAAAAGAAACGCGAGCCCGGCGUCGACAAGCCGCACGACCCCGCUCACCCUUCCUCGGACGAUGACGACGACGACGAUGAUGACUCCGACGCCGACAUGGGCAUCCAAGACGCCUCCACCAUGAACGGCCGCGGCUCCAUGGACAGCGCGGGCGGGCUCAGCGCCAAGGACGUCAACAAGCAGAAUAAGAAGACGGAGGAGCGCAAGCAGCGCGGCAUGAUGCAGUGGAAGCCGAUGCGGAAUCUGAAGUUCGCAAAGGACGAGAGCGUGAUUGGGAUGCGCAAGUUGAAGGGGAAGAUGGUGGGGGAUUUGGAUGGGCGGCAGCCGGAUGUGGAGACUGAGACGGGGACGUAG